ACGUUCCCUACCGACGGCCAUUUUAGACUUGGGGAACAAAGAGGGAGUAGCAGCGCUCGAAGUGUUUUAUUUUUCCUUCUGUAAAGCUACAUCUGGUCUAUUUGUGUCGUGUUGUGGUUUCACACGAAGAUAGCAAAACCAAGAUGAAGCAGCGAAUAAGCGAGACUUGCUGCUCGGCUGUUAGAGAGCUUGGCUGGGUAGAGGGGGCUGAGAGCCGAAAGCGCCGCAGGCGAGACUCGCACAGCAGCGAGCGGGAGAACAAAUGUCGGAAAUAUCACCAUCACCGCAAAAGCACCGAAGGGCAUUACUUGGAGACCCGGAGUCAAAACGAAAGACUGGAGACAAAGAUCAGAGCUGUGGACAUGGGACAGGAUAAGGCGAACCAUGUAAGCAUCUGUAAGGAGCGGGAGAAGAAGCGUGUCCGCCACAGGGACCAUGACAGGGACUGGCAUCACUAUAGCAAAUCAUCCGGAUACAGUGGGCGCAGCCGGCGGAGCAGCCGCCGUGGACGGAAACGGAGCCAUAGCCGUGACAGAAGCCGCAGCCGCUCUAGAAAUCAGUCGAGGAGCCAUCGCAGGAAAAGAUCCAGGAGUGUUGAGGAUGAUGAGGAGGGCCACCUGAUCUAUCACAGUGGAGACAUACUGAGGGCGAGAUAUGAGAUUGUGUGCACGCUAGGAGAAGGCGCCUUUGGGAAAGUGGUUGAAUGCAUUGAUCACACAAAUCGGGGCACCCGUGUUGCACUGAAGAUCAUUAAAAACAUUGAGCGCUAUCGAGAGGCAGCCAUGUCUGAGGUUGAGGUGCUGGAACAGAUUAACUCUGUUGACUGUGACAGAAGAUAUUCUUGUGUCCGAAUGUUGGACUGGUUUGAUCACCAUGGGCAUGUGUGUAUUGCAUUUGAGCUGCUUGGCUUGAGUACAUUUGACUUCCUCAAAGAGAACAACUUUCAGCCCUUUCCUGUAGACCAAAUCAGGCACAUGGCCUACCAGAUCAUCAGGGCAGUCAAAUUCUUGCACAAGAACAAGCUGACCCACACAGAUCUGAAGCCAGAGAACAUACUUUUCAUUGAUUCAGAGUAUGACCUUGAAUACAAUGCAAAAAUGAAGCGGGAUGAGAGAACUGUGAGGAAACCAGAUGUAAAGGUGGUUGAUUUUGGGAAUGCAACAUAUGAGCAUGAGCACCAUACCACUGUGGUGUCCACAAGACAUUAUCGUGCGCCUGAAGUCAUUCUGGAACUUGGCUGGAGUCAUUCCUGUGAUGUGUGGAGUAUAGGUUGCAUUCUUAUUGAAUAUUACCUUGGAACAACACUUUUCCAGACACAUGACAGUAAGGAACAUCUGGCCAUGAUGGAGAGAGUUCUAGGCCCGAUACCAACACCAAUGCUGCAGAAAACAAGGAAGCGGAGAUACGUCCAUCGUGACAAACUGGAUUGGGACGUUCACUCCUCAUCAGGAAGAUAUGUUAGGAAACAUUGCAAACCUCUCAGACAAUACAUGAUCUCCAAAAGCCUGGAACACGAGGAGCUAUUUGACCUCAUUGAGAAGAUGUUGGAAUAUGACUUGACUAAGCGGAUCUCUCUGGAUGAAGCCAUCAGACAUCCUUUCUUCAACCUCCUCAGGAAGGGCCAGAAGUAACAUGAACCAUAAAUCUGAGUUUCUGCUCUCCAGGAGAGUUGUGUUGAAGUGACUGCAUCAGUCCCACAUAGGCACAGUACUGUUUUCAUUCAAUGAUUUGUAAUUUAUUUGUGACUUGUAAUUUGUGUUGUGUUUUACAUUCUGAUUAAUUUCAGAUUUGUAAGUCUUAAAGGGGAUGGGGUUGUAGGGGAUGUGGUUUUGUUCCCUCAUUUGAUAAAUAUUUGUUGGAGAAUCAUCCAGCUUAGUGCAUUAAUUGUGUGUAUUGGUGUUUGAACAUGACUGUAGGGAUCACUCAGUUUUACAGAUCUGUGACUUUUUGUUUCAUCUUUAAUAAAUCAUGCUAUAGCUGUUA